AUGACUUAUUAUUACCCUCAAAAUAUUCUGCACUACAUUGCACCUGCCUCUGGUGAUACCAUAAUAUUUAAUGAAGGGAGGAAGGUCUGGGGCAAAGGAAUAGAAGAAAGUUCGAUGGAGGAGGGGCGGAGCUUGGAAAGAGCAAGAAGUGAAUGCUACUUCCAUUACAACGCUACUGAAUGGGUGUUCAAGUUUGCUGAUACAAAAUGUGGUUCUAUUAUUUCCACAUACACAGACAAUUACACAAGCACGAUUUUCUUGGUUGUGAUAUGUGUGCUGGAUUGUACCACGCUGGUAAAACUGAGGACUUCCAACAAUAUGCUGGGAACACAAGCAGGCAAUGUAAGCAAUCAUAUACAUAAGAAACGGCGUCAGAUUGAAAUUAGAUUUUUCAUGCAGACCUUGUACCAAAAUGCACUGUUCCUUUACGAAAUUAUUAGUUUCUACUAUGUAAGCGCACUGCUUACAAAUAAGUGGGCUGUGUUCAUAACAGCCACAUUGUCAUGGGAAAUGUGUCAUGCUUUGGAUGGAUUUAUUGUGGCUCGUUUUCAUUUCCAGUUGUCGUUUAUUGGACUGAAGACAAAAUCUCAAGCUACAGCGACCUCAGUGAAAGUAGGAGAAAAAAAUAAACGACUAACCCGAACAGUAUAA